GCUGCUGUAGUUGAAAUUUCGUUUAGGGUUUCGAGUAUAGGUGACAAAGAAGAAGAAGAAGAAGAAGAUGCAUUCAGAAGCGCAGGAAAGAAUGGUGACGGAACUAAUGGAGAUACUUAGAAAACGUAGAAACUUGAGAGAUAGUGGAGGACCAGUCUCAACUCCUCAUGAUGAUAAUGUAUAUGAUAUAUUGGAGAAGAUUUUGAAUUCUGCCAAACAAGAUAAACCUGACACAUAUACAGUAGAUUGGACAUUUUUAGAGGCGUUGCUCGUCAAGUUCAGAGAAGAAGAAGCCUGCAUUCAUGGUUUGAGGGUAGGUGAUGCCAAGCUUCAUGAGAGCAAGCAAAUGGACUUUGCAGAUGUUAAGCUGAGAUUGCCCUGCAGGUUUUCCCAUGGAGAAGAUUAUCCUCCUCCAUCAGUUGUACCUUGGUAUCUGCGUCCUUUGAGACCGACUUCACAACAUCAACGGAAGUGGUGGGAGGGAAAUCCAAAUUUUGCAGUAUCAUCAAUAAAAUACAGGAAAGGUGCUUGUGAAAACUGUGGAGCAAUGACACAUGGUUCAAACUCUUGCAUGGAAAGGUAUCUGAAACGUGGACCAAAGUUGACAUACAAACCUUAUGUCUUCCCUGAUACGAAAAUGGCGAGCAUUAGAAUCAACGAAGAUCUGAUAUCGAAACUAUUAAACAAUGAUCCCGAAACACAGUCCAAGCCUGAGGAUCCUCUUCCACAUGCAGAUUCAAAUGAUCAUUGUUAUGGGGACAAUAACCAAGAUAGAGGUUCUUAAUUGAGGCACUGGUGAAAUUGUACACAGAAGCAGCAGCCAGAUACGGUAGAAGGGUUUUGAAGCAUCCUUGUCAAGCUGCUGGCUUUUGACUUGCUGUUGGAUAUUUGUAAAUAAUGCCUCUCAUUCUCCUCAGACAUUUAGGUUCAAGUUUGUGAAGUUUUCUCUUUUCUGUACGGAUUUUUAGGCCCUUUCAAAUAUGUGAGAUUAAAUUGAA